AUGACGGCCUCCUCUUCCACAGGAGAACGCACUGGUGACAAAUCUUCUCUGCAUGAUCGGCGGUCCCCUUUGUGUUGUUCGCUGGGUCGGGCGGUCGCACGGGCGGCGCCGCAGCCAGGCCUCCCUUCUGGCGUGUUCCUUCCAUCCGGAGGAGAGGCUCUUCGCCCCCCAAUAGACCCCCAUUCCCCCUCUUCUCCCCCAUAUCCUGUUGUCAGUGAAGUCUCUACGACCGUUGCAUGGGCGUUUGUUUCCGGUUUUCCGCUGGGUGCAAGCGUGCCCGUCUUCUCCUCUCAUUCCAGCGGCACGUGUCGUUCCUUCUCAGAUGAUUCGCCGCCUCACACCGACGUGAAGGCGCUCACGAGUCACGCUUCGUCUCUCCGCUGCGCCGGGGACUCCUCGGAUGCAAGUUUGGUUCUCCCUUCUUCGUCCUCGGCUUCUCCGCGCGUCACCCUAGCUGCGGCGGACGCACCGCGUGAAGUGGCCGUGCCGAGUGCUGCGCCAACCCCUGCAGCAGACGCAGACGCGCACUCUGAAUCGCGGCGAUCGCUUUCCACGUUCUCACCUGCUUCUUCGUCUCCGCUCGCUUUGUCUUCUGCAAGGGAUCCUGAGCAACACCGUUUCGAGCUUGAAUCAGAAGACGCCGGCGGAGGGGGCCACGCCAGGGAGGCGAAAGCGGCAUCUGGCGGGCGUGUCGUCAAUGGACGACAAGCCAGAGAGGAAGAGAGCGACGGCAACAGGGGGGUCCUCGGAGACAAAGGAGAGAGUCUGCGGUUUGGGGGCGGGCGACCACUGGACACCCAGGAAGAAGAGACCGCUGUCGAGAAGGGAAGCAAAAUGGAUGUUGAAGAGCGCACCGAAACAUACAACGGCGAAGAAGCUGUUCUUGUCUGCAGCCCCAAGAAACAGGACAGACAGACGACAGAUCACGCCGGCGACGUUUCCAUCUCACACUCUAACGGCGGCCGCGGCUUUCUCCCUCAAGCAAACUGCUCGUCCUUUUCUGCGCCUGCCUCUUCUGUAGACGGCCCGCUGUCGACCGACGAAGUCUCGGGGCCUCGUGUCUCCAACUUUCUGUCGCCGGAUCCCGCGGCCAUGCGAACCCCGCAGCUUGCCUCGUCCUUCUUCUCCUCUUCAGUUGCGCCUUCGGCCUGCGAGUCUUCGACUCCUCUCUCCCCGUCUUCGGUCCCUUCCGCGCUGUCCGCGAGACGCGAGGAAGGCGACUGCGCGGAGCGAGGGAGCCCGAGUGGAAACUCAGACGCAGGCUUGUCUCUGCCUCCGCGUCGCCAGUCGCAUCUGCCGCUGCUGUCGUCUGCCGCGGUCGGCACGGCCGCGGAAAACCUCGAGGGCGUGCCGAGUUUCUUUUCAUCUUCGCUGCCCGCCUCUUCGUCGCUCUCGUGGAGUCCGGUAGCGGGAGAAGGGAGGGGCCGCCCGUCACAUGUUGAAGAGCAAGCGAGCGAGGAGACCGAGAGACGUCUCGCCUCCCUGUCGCCUUCUCCAGAGAAUCUUCUUCAUCCGCACGGCGCGACGCUGUCGGGCGACUCUCUGUGUGCAGGCAAGGAGCCCCUUUCUCGCUGCGCGGGCUCGUCCUCCAUGCCUUCCUCCCUGCUCUCAACCACUGUUGAGAGUCACCGAGGAGGGGAGGACUUACCGGAGCAGACGAGUCAGACGGCAGACAGGAAGGCCGAGGGUCUCCGAGUUGUGUCGCCUUCCGCAGGCGAGGGGGGAAGCUGGGGGCGUACGUCUGCAGCCAGCUUGAUGGACGCAGAGGAAGCGCCAUUGCUUCAUCCUGUUUUUGAACUCCAGACCAUGCCCGAAGGCAUCGGAGUUCGCCCUGCCGGCCUCUUGUCCGCGUCCUCGUCGUCUCCUUCUUCUCCCGUCUCAUCUCCUCUCUCAUCGUCCUGUGCCUCCGCCGCAGUGCCGGCCCGCGCGGGCGCGGAGCAGGACAGGAAAGAGACUCUUCUGAAGGAGAAGGAGAAGGCAGCGGAGCCUGUCUCUGCGGCGUCUCCCUCCUUCAACACGCCUCCGUCCUUCCUGUUUUCGCCGUCGUCCUGCCCAGAAAAGAAGGAAGAAACGAUGAAGGCGGGCUCGCCGCGCGUAAAAGAAGAAGGGGGCCAGAAGGCGGGCGGGGCAAGCUGCGAUGGGGGGACGCUGCGUGGGCGGCAGAGCAGCGAUGGACUUGCGCGUCGUGGUAACGCCGUGUCGACGGACAUCCUCAGCGGAGCGGGAAAAGGGGACGCACGAUUGGAGUGCGGACGUCCGGAGGUGGCGUCAGAUGCCGUUUCACAACUUGCUGACCCCGCUCUUUCUUGUUCUGUCUCUGCGCCUGCGUCCUCGCCGCCGCCGGCUUCGCCCUCUGUACAGCUCCCCGCGACGCCGUCUCCGGCGCAGCCCCUCGCGAAACUGUACGGGCCACUGUGCGUGAACGUGAGUGUUUCGUCUUGUUUCAAGUCUCUGAACGCUUCCGCUUCCUCUUGUUUUUCUUCUAAGUCAACUUCCUCGCGUCAGAUGGCGAAGGAAGCCGCCGCUCCUCUGCCGCCGCUCCCCGGCGAGCAGCACCUCUUUUCCUUCGCUCUGGAGCGCCCGAGUCCGCGGACGCGCGCGUUUGCCGCGGCUGCGUCGCUCUCCGCUGCUCCCAUUUCGUCUCAGCUGGCCUCUUCGAAGCUCGGGGGGCGCCCGCGGCGUCGGGGCUCCCCUGGGACGAGAUGCUCUGCGCCGUGCGGCGCGAGCUCGGCGACCCGCCUGUCCCUCGCACAAACGAAGAGUGGGAUGCGCUCAUCGGCACGAGUCGCACGCUGGAUUUCUCGGUGA